AUGUCAUCAGUUUUAGCGAAUGUUAGCGCGUUUCUGGCGCACACCUGUGCCAAAAGACCUAUCCACGUGAUUAUAGGAACCGCUCUGGUAGCCUCUAUCACAUAUCUAUCCAUUUUGGAUCACUACGCGUCCUCGCUGAGCAUUGCUUCCUCUCAGCCUGUGCUAUUUUAUCAUCCUUCAGGCUCCUCAGAUUACACCAAGUGGUCGCAAGUCGAUAAUCCAUCAGCCUAUGAAUCUGCAGACCACUACUCUCUUACGCCAUUCAAGUUCAAAAGAGUCGGAGGCGCCGAUCUCCCAGUGCACGAUAACCUGCUCUUAGGAAUGGAGGAAAAUGAAAAAAUCCUGCUCUCAGACUUUGCUUCCACAGAGUCUCUAUACGACAAAUUCGAGACAAUGACGAACAAAGAUGGCGUCCAGUUCAAAGUGAGGAGCAUCCAUCGUAUUGGAAAAUAUUAUGAAUAUCUCAAGUCUCUGUUCACCAAAGUUGAGAGCUUGAUCAAAGGUGCAGAGCCAUUUGACAUCAUUUUGGUCACCGUUGCGUACGGAGCAAUGUGGUUCACUUUUGUCCAGCUGUUCUUCGAGAUGAAGAAGCUCGGCUCUAACUUCUGGCUCGGGUUUGGCUCUCUGCUUUCUUCGGGUAUUGCUUUUCUGUUUGCACUUGCUAUUGGUAUUUUCUUGUUCAACCUGAAAGUGCCCCUCAUCUCAUUGAGCGAGGGUCUUCCUUUCUUGGUUGCAACCAUUGGAUUCAAGCACAAGAUUGCAUUCACAAAACCAGUGCUGAAAGCUCUGAGAUCCGAGUCAAACACCGACAUUCCAAAAACCAUAGCAAGCGUGGUGAAAUCCACAACUGCGAUCCCACUAAUCAAGGACCAAUCCAUCAUUAUUCUUUGCUUUUUGCUGUGCUCAAUCUUGGCUCCCAACCUUACUGGCUUGAUGAAUUUCUGUAUCAUGGCUGCUCUGAUUCUUGCCGUGGACUUGUUUUUCACAUUCACAUUCUACUCUUCUAUCUUGUCAUUGAAGGCUCAGAUCAACAAGGUUCACAAGGAAAUUGAGCUCAAGCAGUUUUUGGAGGAAGACGGCAUCAACGAGACUGUUGCAGAGAGCGUUGCUGCCUCUGCAGAACUUCCGACUGACUUGUUCCGUCAUGACAGCAACAUUGUCAGCUUUAAAGUGGCCAUGAUUGUGGGCUUCAUUUCGUUGCAUCUGUUCGCAUUGGGAACCUCCUGGCUCUACGAUGAUUCUGCCGACUACCAACCUGUCAACUUGUUCUCCAAUUUUUCGCCAUCUCUGUCGAAAUCGGUUGCCAUGAACGUUCCGGUUGGAAGACACGGAACGCUAAUAACAGUCAUGCCAACAAGAGUGUACAGCAGAGUUGACUGGUUCACCAAGACAGAAGAUCUUACCUUGCAUCUCUUUGAAAGACUUUCCAAAGCCAUUUCGGAUCCACUUGUUGGAAAAUUCCUGUUUGUUCUUGCUGGAAUCAGCGUUGCAAUCAAUAUUUACCUUUUGAAUGCCACAAAUGCUCAUAUAGAUGAGACACGUGCAAUCAAGAAGAAGGAAAAGAAGAAGCAAAGGGCUGUAGAACAACGCAAAGUCAUUCCUAAGCCAUCUUCUUCGGUUGUUAUUUCAAGAUCCAGCAACUCAAGUUCUGACGAUGUGAAAGAGGCUCAGAUCAUUGACGAGGGAUUGACCGACGAGCAUUCUGGCAGCGAUACCGAUUCGUUGGAAUUUAAAGCUCUGACGCCAAAACGUCCACUCGAGGAACUGUUGGGCAUCAUGAAAGAAGGAAACGUGAAAGAGUGUUCGAACGAAGAGGUUGCAGAGCUGGUCACUUCAGGCAAGCUUCCCUUGUAUGCUUUGGAAAAACAGCUGGAGGAUAAGACUCGAGCUGUUGUUGUUCGUCGGAAAGCCAUUGCCAAGCUAGCUGAUGCUCCUGUUUUGAACACGGGAAGACUCCCAUGGAAACACUACGACUAUGACAGAGUUUUUGGUGCGUGCUGUGAGAACGUGAUAGGAUUCAUGCCAAUACCUGUUGGUGUUGCCGGUCCCAUGAUAAUUGAUGGUGUUCCCUACCACAUUCCAAUGGCCACCACGGAGGGUUGCUUGGUCGCGUCUACCAUGAGAGGUUGCAAGGCCAUUAAUGCUGGAGGCGGUGUCCAGACGGUCUUGACCAAUGACGGAAUGACCAGAGGACCAUGUAUCUCCUUCCCUACACUAGCCCGCAGUGGGGCUGCCAAGAUGUGGCUUGAUUCGGAGGAGGGACAGAAAGUGAUGAAGAGUGCGUUCAACUCCACCUCCAGGUUUGCCAGACUGCAGCAUCUUCAAACUGCCAUGGCCGGAACACUGUUGUUCAUCAGAUUCAAGACCACCACCGGCGACGCUAUGGGAAUGAACAUGAUUUCUAAGGGAGUCGAGUAUGCGUUGAAUUACAUGAUUAACGAGUGUGGAUUCGAAGACAUGGAGAUCAUCUCGUUGUCCGGAAACUACUGUACUGAUAAGAAAGCUGCUGCCAUCAACUGGAUUGAAGGUCGUGGUAAGAGCGUUGUUGCUGCUGCCAUCGUUCCUGCAGAGACGGUUCGCAAGGUGCUCAAGUCGGAUGUGGAUGCACUGGUGGAGCUGAACGUGUCGAAGAACCUCAUUGGGUCUGCCAUGGCUGGGUCAGUUGGUGGAUUCAAUGCCCACGCUGCCAACCUGGUGACUGCCGUUUACCUUGCAACGGGACAGGAUCCUGCGCAAAACGUCGAGAGCUCCAACUGUAUCACGCUGAUGAACAAGCUGCCUAAUGGUGACCUACAAAUCUCCGUCUCGAUGCCGUCCAUCGAGGUGGGAACCAUUGGCGGAGGUACCGUACUGGAGCCUCAAGGAGCCAUGCUUGAGCUGCUGGGAGUGAAGGGUCCGCAUCCAACAGAGCCAGGAGCCAAUGCGAGACAGCUAGCCAAGAUCGUUGCGUCUGCCGUGCUGGCAGCCGAGCUUUCGUUGUGUUCUGCCCUUGCGGCCGGCCACUUGGUCCAGUCCCACAUGACCCACAACAGAAAGGCCCCUGUUGCAGGGCCCGGUGCCGUCGACACGCCUGCCACCACAGCGAGCAGCUCAGGCAGCGGCGACGACAUGAGCCGUCUGAAGGAUGGAUCCAAGAUCUGCAUCCGGUCCUAG